AUGCCGCGCGAAAUCAUUACGUUGCAAGCCGGACAAUGCGGCAAUCAGAUUGGAAGCGAAUUUUGGCGGCAACUGUGUGCCGAACAUGGAAUUAGCAGUGACGGUACCUUGGAGGAUUUCGCUACGGAGGGUGGUGACAGGAAGGACGUCUUUUUCUACCAGGCCGACGAUGAUCACUACAUUCCGCGUGCCAUCCUGCUCGAUCUGGAACCAAGAGUCGUCAAUAACAUCAGAUCCUCGGCAUUUGCGAACCUCUAUAACCCAGAAAAUAUAUUUGUGUCGAAUGAUGGUGGUGGCGCUGGCAAUAUUUGGGCUCAUGGAUAUGCACAAGGAGAGAAGAUAUCCGAAGAGAUUAUGGAUAUGGUGGACAGAGAAGCUGACGGUAGCGACUCUCUUGAGGGAUUCAUGUUAUUGCACUCAAUUGCUGGAGGCACUGGUUCUGGCAUGGGUUCAUUCCUCUUGGAGCGUCUCAACGAUCGCUACCCCAAGAAAUUGAUUCAAACUUACUCAGUCUUUCCAAACUCGGAGGAGGUAUCGGAUAUUGUCGUUCAACCAUACAACAGCAUACUUAGUUUGAAGAGAUUAACCUGCAAUGCAGAUAGUGUGGUGGUGUUGGACAAUGCGGCUUUAGCACGAAUUGCAACUGAUCGCCUACACAUACAAACACCAACAUUUGAGCAAACCAAUCAACUGGUAUCCACCGUCAUGUCAGCGAGCACUACGACAUUGAGAUAUCCUGGAUACAUGAACAAUGAUUUGGUUGGCAUGAUAUCUUCACUUAUCCCUACACCUCAGUGCCACUUCUUGACUACAGCAUAUACGCCUUUCUCAAGCGACCAGGUUGAUAAAGCCAAAUCCAUUCGCAAAACGACGGUCUUGGAUGUCAUGCGAAGGUUGUUGCAGCCCAAAAAUCGCAUGGUGUCGACAAUACCGAGUAAACGUAGUUGCUAUAUAUCUGUGCUGAACAUCAUUCAAGGCGAAGCGGAUCCAACCGAUGUGCAUAAAUCGCUUUUGCGUAUAAGAGAACGUCGCCUAGCUCAGUUCAUUCCUUGGGGACCAGCGAGUAUUCAAGUUGCUUUGACAAAGAAAUCACCAUAUGUUCAAACGUCACAUCGAGUGAGCGGACUUAUGCUUGCCAAUCAUACAAGUAUUGCAUCUCUUUUCAGAAGGACAUGCGAUCAGUAUGAUAAAUUCAGGAAGAGAAAUGCUUUCCUGGAGCAAUAUCGCAAAGAGCCUAUGUUUUCCGACACAUUGGACGAGUUUGAUGACUCCCGACAGGUUGUGCAAGACUUGAUUGAAGAAUACGAGGCUUGCGAAACGCCAGACUAUGUUAAUUAUGUGAGUGCCUUUGGUUUUGGAAACACCGAUCCUGCUGCUCUUUUAACUAAUAGGUUUGGUUCUCAGGGUCAAAAUGAAAUGCAAACCCAUUAA